AUAAUUAUUUUUGUUACUUAAAAUGUAUUUUUGUAAAUACAAAAAUUCAAUGAGUAUUAAGUAAAAUUGAGUAUUUUAUAAAUUUUUGCACCCAUUUUCUUUCUUGCACUAUUGAAGUUACCAUAAGUAUAUACGUAGAAAAAUAGAGAUAUGAAAUAAAUAUAUAUAUUGAAAAUUUUGGGUUUAUAUAAAUACUAAUACUACUACAUUCAUUGUCCUUAAUAAUUUUCUCCCAACCCAAACAGAAACACAAUUGUUAUGAAGAAAUGUAUGACAAUGAGACCAAAAUAUCUCCUUUGGGUCUUUGCUCCGAUUACCAAACAUGACACUAGAGUUAUGCAUUUCUCUACAGACUGUAUUAAGAAUGCCCCAAAAAUCACAUUGCCCAGAAAAUAUUAUAGCCUCAACUCUGAUGUUGCACGGUCAAAUUGGUUGAUUACUAAGCUAAGUCGAAAUGGGAAAAUUUACGAUGCACGUAAGGUGUUUGAUGAAAUGCCUGAGAGGGAUGUUAUAACUUGGACCACAGUGAUUACUGGGUAUGUCAAAUGUGGGAUGAUUGAUGAGGCUAGGAAGUUGUUUGAUAGGAUUGAUGCUAAGAAAGAUGUCAUCACUUGGACAGUUAUGAUUUGUGGUUAUAAAAAGAUGAAAAUGGUUAAGGAAGCAGAAAGAUUGUUUCUUGAGAUGCCUGAGAAGAAUGUUAUAUCUUGUAAUACUAUGAUUGAAGGGUAUUCAAGAAAUGGUCAGGUGGAUUUAGCUUUAGAUUUGUUUGAGAAGAUGGAGGUAAAGAAUGUUGUUUCUUGGAAUACGAUUAUCACUGGUUUGGCCCGAGUAGAUAGGAUUGAGGAUGCUUUAAGGAUAUUCAAUUCGAUGCCCGAAAAAGAUGUUAUAUCAUGGACAACAAUGGUUGCUGGUUUAUCUAGAAAUGGGAUGAUUGAUGAUGCUCGAGAAGUUUUCGAUAGAAUGCCUGUUCGGAAUGUGGUGUCCUGGAACACAAUGAUUACAGGUUAUACACAGAAUAUGAAGUUGAAUGAGGCCUUUGAAUUGUUUGAGAUGAUGCCUGAAAGGAACAUGACUUCAUGGAAUACAAUGAUUACUGGUUUUAUUCAAAAUGGUGAAUUAAAGAAGGCUUGGUACUUGUUCAGCGAAAUGCCUUAUAGGAAUUCAAUCUCUUGGACAGCAAUGAUCACAAGCCUUAUACAAGAUGGACAAAAUGAAGAAGCAUUGAAGAUGUUUUCUAAAAUGGUGGCAGUUGAAGGUUUGAAACCUAAUGAAGCAACUUUUGUGAGUGUUUUGAGUGCUUGUAGUAACUUAUCCGGUCUCGGUGAGGGACAACAAAUACAUCAGAUGAUAAGUAAAACGAUCAAUCAUAACGAUUCUGAAACAUUGGUAUCUGCCCUGAUAAACAUGUACUCAAAAUGUGGAAAGUUAAGCACAGCAAGAAAGAUUUUCGAUGAUGGUUUGACAAACCGAAGAGAUUUAGUCUCUUGGAACGGCAUGAUUGCUGCCUAUGCUCAUCAUGGUUUCGGGUUAGAAGCAAUCAAACUGUUCAACGAAAUGCAAGGCUUCGGUUUUAAACCCAAUGAUGUCACCUAUGUGGGGUUACUCUCAGCAUGUAGUCAUGCUGGUUUGGUUGAGGAAGGCUUACUUUACUUUGAUGAGCUUGUUAGAGAUAGAACAAUACAAAUUAGAGAAGAUCAUUAUACAUGCUAUGUUGAUCUGUGUGGAAGAGCAGGGAAGCUUAAACAAGCAUAUGAUUUCAUUGAACAGCUAGAGACUAAUAAGGCAUCAGCAACAGUUUGGGGAGCUCUUCUUGGUGGAUGUAAUGUUCAUGGUGACAUGAAUAUUGGGAAAAUGGCUGCAGAGAAACUCAUUGAAGAUGAGCUAGAGCCACUUAGUGCUGGCACUUACUCAUUGUUAUCUAACAUCUAUGCUUCAUCUGGAAAAUGGAAAGAAGCUGCUAAAAUGAGGUCAAAAAUGAAGGAAAAAGGAUUGAAGAAGCAACCUGGUUGUAGUUGGAUUGAAGUUGGAAAUAGGGUGCAUGUAUUUGUAGUUGGUGAUAAGUCUAAUAAUCAAUGUAAUAAAGUUGUUUAUUCUUUGCUUAAUGAUCUUCAUGAAAAUAUGAAGAAGGUUGGGUGUGUAUCAAAUAAUGAUUUGAGAAUGGAUGAAGAAAGAUGAGGGUAGGUAGGUGAUUAGUGUAUUGUAUUUUCAUAAAUUUUAGCUUUGGUUCAUAUUAAUAUGUGGGAUAUUUUCAUAAAUACUUAAAAAUGUCAAAAAGUUUACAAAAUACAAAUUUAUAUUUUU